AUGCCGCCAAUACCUUCACAAGCACCCACAUUCUCAGAUCCAGAUGUCACACUCGCUAUCUCGUCUCUCGAGCAACGAAGAACAUUCCUCGCCUCCACCGUCAUUCCAAGUCUUGCCACGCUACCAGCAAGCACACCUCUUUUAGAACAACAAAGGCGUGCGGAAGGGCUUAGAGAGGACCUGGAAGAUCUGGGGAAGCGAAUAGAGACGCUGGAACAACUAGUGGAGGACUUGGAUACUGAGAAAGAGAGACGUGUCGGCCGCGAUGUGGUUCUCCAAUGGGCAGCAGACUAUGCUGCUCUCAAGAAAGAUGCGCGUGCAGCGCUGCUUUCGUCAAAGAAAGCAAUUGACCAGCACGCAAAAUCGCGACGGGAUGAAUUGCUCGGGUCGGCGGUGUACAAACAGCCGUACGACCGAGAGGAGAACGAAAAGACCGACGACGCUCUUAUGCGAACUACGGCAUCUCUCACGGAUGCACUACGUCGGACGGAAGCCCGCCUCAAAGCUGAGCUCGACCGCUCCAUGUUAUCGACUCAACUUCUCACGUCUCAAACCGCUACACUUCGACAAACAUCCAAUGCACAUGGGCAACUUACUUCCCUCCUCGAUACGUCGAAAGGCCUUAUCACCGCUUUGGAACGUACGGACUGGCUCGACCGGAUGCUCAUCCUCGGGGCCCUAGCAGUCUUUCUGCUCACCUGCGCAUGGAUCAUCAAAGUGCGCAUCUUCGAUCGCGCUUUCAGCAUUGCGUUUUGGUGGGUGAAGUGGAUGCCCAGCUGGGGCGAUGACAAAUUACUGGAUGAACUAGAGAAAGGGGCGCGUGUCCUUUCAAAUACUGUCCAAGACGCUUCGACCGUGAUCAAAGAAACCGCUUCGAGCGCACUAGCGGCCAUCACAGAGAAUGCUACCUCCUCACUCCAAGCGGAUGGCAUGCCCUCUCCGUCCUCUACGCUAUCUGCGAUAUUCAGUGAUGUCUCAGAGGCCGCUAAUACAACCACCCUGUCGCCGGAUCAGACCCUGAGCCCCAUCAUCUCGGCUGCGAGCUCGACCGUGACCAAAGUUGCGAGUAUUCUCAGAGAUGAGCUAUAG